ACUUGCCACGUGUGUAGGAUGUUUGUGUCUUUACACUUAGGCAGGUUAUUUGAUACAUGUCCAUAUUAGCCUACACGUGGCAGACACCGAUCUCGCGCCGCACCAGGGGUAUAUUCAUUAUGACGAUUGCAACAGAAACAUGUUUACUCCAAAUGGAAAACGUUUUGCAAUGAAGUUUAUUGAAUAAAUGCAGGAUAAUAAGAUGGAUCAAGGAGGAGUGAAGAAGAACAAGAGUAACAAAGACAACAUCCGAGUUAAGCUCCUUCUGGGCGAAACCACCUCAGAGAGAACCCCUCUCACUGGUGCUCCCUGCAGUGCCAUGUCCGUUGCUUUGGCAACCACCACCACCUCCUUCCUUCCAUCCAGCCAGCUGAUGCAACCAGGUGACGUGCCCAGCGGACUCAGUAACAGCCCUCCUCCCUCAGGUGAGGACCUCGCCUCAGCCUCCGCCACGGCCUCCGUGGGCCUCUACCUGGAAGACCCAGAGCCUCCCACCACAAAGCUCCUGCCCCAACAGACUAACACGUCCCUGGGCCUUGGACUCUUCACCCUUGGGGAUACCUACUCCCGCCUGGAAGACAGCAUCGCUGACUUCCACCGCUCCUCACCCAGCAUGGACUCUCUGAUCGGGGGCUCGGACCCUAACCUGUUCCCCAUGUCCAUGAGGACGGAGACAGACUUCUCCCGGGACCAGGACCUUAUGGAUAUGGACCAGGAAGGGUACAUUGGAAAAGACCAGAAACUGUUCAACGACAACACUCUGGAUCUCCUCCAGGACUUUGAGUUGACAGGCUCCCCCUCAGACUUUUACGUAGGGGACGACGCCUUCCUUUCCUCCCUGGCUGAUGACACUCUGCUGGGGGAUGAGAGCCAGGAUCGUGGGGUGUCCAACUCCACCUCCAAGCCAGCUGCUACUACGACCAAUAGUGGUGGUUUUAGCGGUUCCAACACCACCACGUUGAAUGGUAGCAAUCUACUAACAUGUCAGGAUGAGUCCAACUCCAGCACCCCUAUGACAGGCAACUCCCCGACCCCCAACACCUUUCCCGUGGUGAAGCUCGAGAAGGAAUCUGGCUUCAUCCAGCUGUGUACUCCAGGAGUGAUCAAACAGGAGAAGACCUCGGCCAUUCGUAGCUACUCCUGCCGAAUGAGUGGUAGUACCGGCGGCUCCACUUCCUCCUCCCCAUCAGAGCUGUCCACCGCCAGCCCCAUCUCCAUCUGUGGGGUGAGCACCUCUGGAGGACAGAGCUACCACUUUGGAGUCAACAGCAGCAGCAACACACCCUUGGCUUCCACUACCAGUGGAGCUUCUCCGCAGAAGGACCAGAAGCCCUCCGUCUUCAGCCUGUAUCCUCCGUUGGUGACCGUAGGAGAGGCUUGGAACAACAGUAGCUAUGGGGACGGAGCUUCUGGAAUGCAAGGUCUCUCCAGCCCUACCUCCUCUUUCUCCAGCAGCUUUGAAAGUUCUACUUCCAGGCAAGGUGGUGGCGCUGCGUCGUGUACAACCCAGGGCAAGGCCGGGACCGCCCAUAAGAUCUGUCUGGUGUGUUCAGAUGAGGCGUCCGGCUGUCACUACGGGGUGCUCACCUGCGGAAGCUGCAAGGUGUUCUUCAAGAGAGCCGUGGAAGGUACGGUGGCAAGGGGGCAACACAACUACCUGUGUGCUGGGAGGAAGGACUGCAUCAUCGAUAAGAUCAGAAGGAAGAACUGUCCAGCCUGCCGCUUCCGCAAGUGUCUCAUGGCAGGGAUGAACCUGGAAGCUCGUAAAACCAAGAAGCUGAACCGUUUAAAGGGGGUGCAGCAGCCCACCAUGGCCGAGCUGACCCCCCGUCCGCUCCCAGAGGCCAGGUCGCUGGUCCCCAAGUCCAUGCCCCAGCUCACCCCCACCAUGCUGUCUCUACUAAAGGCCAUCGAGCCAGACACCAUCUACUCUGGCUACGACGGCACCCUGCCAGACACCUCCACCCGCAUCAUGACCACCCUCAACAGGCUGGGGGGACGACAGGUGGUAUCAGCCGUCAAGUGGGCCAAGUCUUUGCCAGGGUUCCGGAACCUUCACCUGGACGACCAGAUGACUCUGCUGCAGUGUUCCUGGUUGUUCCUCAUGUCCUUCGGCCUGGGCUGGAGGUCCUACCAACAGUGUGACGGGAACAUGCUCUGCUUCGCUCCAGACCUCGUCAUCAACCAGGACCGUAUGAAGCUGCCCUACAUGGCAGACCAGUGUGAACAGAUGUUGAAGAUCUCCAGUGAGUUUGUCAGACUGCAGGUGUCUCAUGACGAGUAUCUGUGUAUGAAGGUUCUGCUGCUGCUCAGCACCGUGCCAAAGGAUGGUCUGAAGAGUCAGGCAGUGUUUGAUGAGAUCAGGAUGUCCUACAUCAAGGAGUUGGGGAAGGCCAUCGUCAAGAGAGAGGAAAACUCCAGCCAGAACUGGCAACGCUUCUACCAGCUCACCAAGCUUCUUGACUCCAUGCACGAGAUGGUUGGUGGGCUGCUCAACUUCUGCUUCUACACGUUCGUCAACAAGUCUCUGUCGGUGGAGUUCCCAGAGAUGUUAGCAGAGAUCAUCAGCAACCAGUUACCAAAAUUCAAAGCCGGGAGCGUCAAGCCCCUCCUCUUCCACCAGAAAUGACUGUGUGGUGCUUCCGCCACCAUGACACAAUGCCUUAAAAUCCCCUCACCUUUCCCCUGACAGAGGGAGACCGGGAAGAAGAGAGGACAGAAGAGGAGAUGCUGUUUUGGGAGAAAGUAUACAAAGUACAAGGGUUUGGGGAUUUGGGGAUGAAACAUGGAGGAGGAAGGAGAGAUUUGUCAAGAGGCAGACGACGAGAGGGAAAGAGCACAGAGGUUUUUUUUGUUUCGUUUAACAUCUAUGAUCCAGUAUGCAGUAUAACAGUAGAAAUAAAUGUCUUAAGUUUAAAGAUAAUCAAGGAUUGAAAUAAACUAACCGUGUUUUCUCAGGUGUAUCACCCUCAGAAUUUAACAAUAUCUAGAUUAAACAAGUAUCUCAUGUACAGAUUAUUAAGAUGCUAUUUUUUACAGCCACAGGUUUAUACAGUUUAUUAUACAGGUCAUUUCUUACCUCAGCAAAGGUAAACACUAUAACUCUUGUGAUGUUUUCCCACAGGUUUAGCUACUGGGUAUUCCUCUACCUACUGUCGUGUUUAGAACCUGGUUGUAAACAGAGUUGAUUAUCAAGUCACAUGACAUAAAACAUCUCGUUAUGUUUCGUAACUGUCUUUACAAAAGCAUGUUUGCAUAGCUUUUUAUUUUAUUUUUUAAAGUCAGGCAUAACAUUAUGAAAUAGUUUUUUUUGUUGUAAUGUAAGCGUACAGUACACAAUUCACAGACCUAUCUUUGUCUACGUUUAGGCUACACGCUGGCUGCCAGGUUUACACACACACACACACACACACACACACACACACCGUCGAUCAGAAAAAAGGGAGAGAAAAAAAAGAUGUGCCUUUUUAGCUUAACGUCUGAUUUUAGCCUCUGACUGUCCGAGGAUGUUCUUCCUUCACCAUCACGGUUGACCCUUGGUUGUUUUCUUCCUGUUACAUGCAGCUUCAGUCAGUUUUCCUUUUUAAAAUGGCUGCCGUGUUUGUCUGUUGCUAUUGCAGCUCGGUUAUGGAUUCUCAGUGUGAGAUCAAUCGAUCUAAUAACACUCCCAAUCUACAUACAGUAUUCCCUUCCUGAUCUCUUGUUCACGUCUCUAUUUUAAAUACUAUUUUAGCACUAUGCCCCCCCCCACCCCCCUCUACUACACUGAGAGAAUGUGAAAGUAAGUAGUAGAAAAUAUGUCUUUAACUCUAUUGGAUGUUUGUAAAAGCUAUUAAUUGUCAGCAUUGAACUUGUUAUUUUUGUCAGCAAAAUGUAACUGGGUCUUUAACUAGGCAAGUCAGUUAUGAACAAAUUCUUAUUUACAAUGAUGGCCUACUGGGGAACGCAAAACAGAUUUUGACCUUGUCCGCUCUGGGAUUCGAUCCAGCAACCUCUUGGUUACUGGCCCAACGCUCUAACCACCUGCCGUCUGUCAGUGAACUUCUUCCUGUUGCUUUUGUUUUAACUGUUGUUUUGCUAGUCGUUAUUUUGCCCAUUGUCAUUGUUGGAAUGUGUCGGAAAGAGAGAGAGAGAUGCGUCAGCCAAUCAAAAAUAGAGAGUUUGAGAGCGCAUCGGCGGCCCCAAAACCAGGCUGGUUGCUAUGGUUUCCCUAACCGUAAUAUUUAAUGGGAGUAUGGCAGUUCUUGAAUUUAGUUGUACAGUAGUUCUUGGUCACUUUAGGAAAGGCAGAGGGCUUCAGUGUUUGACCCUCUAUAUGCUGCUUUCUGUAUGAACACGGGUGUGUUUGAAUGGAUAGCAGAGGGGUAUGUGAAUGAAACGAGGGUAACUUGUCACUAUUGAUCCCUAAAGAGUCACUUAUAUUCUGGCAACAGUGACAUGUCACUGACAUAUCAGACAAUUUGACCAUUUUAUGAGACAAUCCAGCGAUACACAGGGGGUUCCGGAGAACUGCCACUGAUGGACCGUGGUCUAGGACAACCUCUUAACCCACCGAGGCACCUUGCUUACGUUAUGUGUGUUUUACUAAAAACGUUUUCCAAAAAAGCACUUAGUACUAACAUCCUUCUCUGUCAUCUUGUGUUUUGCACUCAAACUGUGUGUCGUCCCAAAUGACACCCUUGUUCCCUUUGUAGUGUGUUACUUAUGACCAGAGGAGGGCUCUGAUCCAAAGUAGUGCACGAAAUAGGGAAUAGGGUGCCAUUUGGGAUGUAGCUUAGUUGAUGGAGGGCAUAGCUCUCCAUCUUCUGUCCUCUGGGAGUUUCAGUGCCAAACUUGAACUUUCUCUUUUUUUUCAGGUUUGGAAAACAGUCCUCGUUUUAACAGUUGUCAGUGUUUAUUUCAGAAAAAGAUGAGGGAUAGAAAAAAAACCUACUUAAAGCGCUUAUGUCCACCGUGGAUUGAGUGGAUUAUUACAGAAACUAAAAACGUGAACUAUUGACCUUUUUUCGUGUUUUCAUCCACACUAGAGAUUCCCUCGCAUAAAUAUAUAUAGCAGGUUGACCCUUUAAGUCUAACAAACCCUUUCUAUACACAUGUACUUAGGUAGUUUAAUGAGUCCAACAUGAAUUUGUAAUAUUUUAUGAUUUUGUCAUCAUGUUGUCACCAAAAACAUUUUCCUGCUUUGUCAUUCAUGUUUAGCUUCUGUGCAGAUUUUUUGUUCUUUCUCCCGUGAAACACAAACCAACCCAGGUAUCAAAAUGAAUGUGAAUCUCUGUACUAGGUCAGGCGGGGAUGACUUAAGUCCUAGAGGGAGGGCAUAGUGUCUGCUGGUCCUGGAGGGAGGGCAUAGUGUCUGCAGGUCCUGGAGGGAGGGCAUAGUGUCUGCAGGUCCUGGAGGGAGGGCAUAGUGUCUGCAGGUCCUGGAGGGAGGGCAUAGUGUCUGCAGGUCCUGGAGGGAGGGCAUAGUGUCUGCAGGUCCUGGAGGGAGGGCAUAGUGUCUGCAGGUCCUGGAGGGAGGGCAUAGUGUCUGCUGGUCCUGGAGGGAGGGCAUAGUGUCUGCUGGUCCUGGAGGGAGGGCAUAGUGUCUGCUGGUCCUGGAGGGAGGGCAUAGUGUCUGCUGGUCCUGGAGGGAGGGCAUAGUGUCUGCUGGUCCUGGAGGGAGGGCAUAGUGUCUGCUGGUCCUGGAGGGAGGGCAUAGUGUCUGCAGGUCCUGGAGGGAGGGCAUAGUGUCUGCUGGUCCUGGAGGGAGGGCAUAGUGUCUGCAGGUCCUGGAGGGAGGGCAUAGUGUCUGCUGGUCCUAGAGGGAGGGCAUAGUGUCUGCUGGUCCUGGAGGGAGGGCAUAGUGUCUGCUGGUUAUUUUUCCUAACUCCUGGCACGUAUUUAAUCCAUUAAUUUUACUAGUUGCUCUGAGAGGGCAACAUACCUGGUUAAAUUCAGUCACUGGUUUAAAGGAAAAGACAAAAAACCAGGAGACAUUCUAAAAAUGUAUGGUGAUGCCGCAGGGGAGGGGAAUUUGAGAGAAUUGUUAACCCGAGACCUGAAGCGAUUUUGAAUAGUUGGGGUGUGUUCCAACUUCUCACCGAACUGCCAUUAAAAAUACAAUGCUACUUAUUUGUUUGUUUACGUGUUGGAAAAAUGACAAUUUUAUUAUUUUCAUACACUAUGCCAACGUGUAAUAAAAGGCUAUACAUUAGUGAUUCUUAAGAACAACUAUACCAUACUCAGGUUGUUGUCAUUGGUUACACAUGUAUGUGGUCAUCUAUGUUGAUGGCACCGUUUAGAACCAAAAACAUUUGGUUUUGAUUCCCAACAUUGUGUGUUUUUGUGACAUUCAUUAAUUAACAGUCAGGUUAAAUAAAAGCUCACCUGGCCAUUCAGGUAAGUUAGUUUCAUACAUACUGGACAUGCCAAAGUCAUUUGAUGUUCUCACUACUUGGUUAGCCAUUGUUAGCUUCCCAAUCUAUCCUAAUGGAAAAUAUUUGAUUUUCUUUCAAUGGUGGUACAAACAUAGUUGAGCAAAACCAGCAAACUAGUUCUCCCGAUCUAAACAGCUUUUGGAUUACUUUCACAUUCAGUGUGGCUACAAGUUGUUCUCUGCUGUUGCCUUUCAUAUAACAAGUAUGAAACCACAAACUACUCACCUCUCCUUAUCAAAAAAAUGUAUUGGUCUCUGUGAAAUGGUAUCAUACAGUACAUUUUUGACAAGGAAAUCUGAAAAUAUGCAAUACGAAUUACAAAUACAUGACUUACUUGUUGCUCUAAACAAGAGAAUAUGGACGUGUACUAUGUAAUUUCUGUUUUUUUCUUUUACAAUAUAAGCUAUUUUAGACAGAAAAUGUUCACUUCAGUCAACUAUUCUCUGUAUUUCUCUGCAGGACAGAUUUUCAGGAAAACCUUUCAAUAGUGUCAAUAUAUACAAUUUAUUUAGACAACACAGUUCCACUAUAUGACAUUUUUCUAUCAGGUGGCCAAAGCAAAGUUCAGCAUAUUUUCCUGUCGUUUUAGUGGCUCGUGGAACGACAGACGUGCAGGGCUUUUCUGUUUCAUAACACAUUUUAUAUUUUCUUUUUUUUUGUAUAGCUUUGGUCAAAUGUUGUGUACUAAUAUUAUGAAUAUAGUAGUCAGUCAAAAAGUUCACAAAUCAACCAGUUUGAACCUAACAAUUUCCUCUGCCACAAAAUAUUGUUUUGAAUUUCUAUUUUGUAUAAAACAUAUGCAGCCAUGAACUUCUGAAGGUAUUAUCAAGGGCAGAACGAUGAUUAUUCACUGGUAAUAUGCUGUUCUCCGAAGCUUAUUUGUUUUGCUUGUACACAAAUUAUGUACAUAUAAUCCAAAGUAAAGCAAAAACAAUUUGUUUUAUUUCUCCCACAAAUAAUAGUAGUUUUCUAUAUCCUGUGUGUUAUUGCUAAUCUGUAGGCCAUGUUGAUGCUUCUCCUUCCAUUAAAUGUUGAACUACGUCUUUGUGUGGAAUCUUUUUAAAAACGAGAAAUGAUAUACAGAUUGAUCAUGAUGUUACCUUCUUGUACUUUUAAUAACCACGUGAUAAUUCAACAAUGGUUCAUUCAAUAAAAGGGGCUUUUCCAUU